AAAAAGGGGAAAAUUUUCUCCUAUACUUAAUGGAAGUGGGUUAAAAAAAAAAAUCAAAUGACUGACAGACACUUCAUGUCAUUUAUAGCAGGAUAGCUCCAAAAAGACCCUAAUCAGACUUAGGUCUCCUAUCAUGCUGGAGAAAUGCAUUUAUAGAUGUGAUCCCUACACCAAAGAGCUUACUAUCUGCUCUUGCUUUUUAGGUUGGCUGCCUCUCUACUUUGCGAGCCUAGGGCUAUGUUAUGUCUUGAUAUUCAGUAGCAUGUUUUUCUUUCACUGGAAGAAAGUCAUCCAGCGGGAGCAACGUGCAAAAGCGUGGGUUGAGCUGAUGAGGAGCGAAACAUUCUUCCCCAAUGCAGUAGUUCACUGGGCAAACAAGAGAGCUCAUUAUGGGAUUAAAGCAGAGGUAUGCACUCCCGUGUCCAGUGCCAGCCCAAAGCAAAAUGGCAAAAACUUUGACAGAGAGACCACCACAGGCAGGGAUGGAGCUUUCUUCCCUUCCCUUCCCGGUGUGGGUUCAUACAAACUGGUGUUUCAAGAACUGCCUUGUGCUCGUUCACUCUCCAGCCUCCCACCGCUGCUCCAUCAUUCAACCUCUUAUCCUUUUUCAGCCAUUCCAUCAAGGACUGUUCCAUUCAGCUCUCUUCCUGACUUUGUUACAUUAGAAAAUGGGAGAUGCCACCUCAGUAACGGCAACUCUGCUUGUGAGAUAUAAUUCAUGUCAAACCCACAGUGGGCUUCAUCAUUUGGGAUGGAAACCAAAAUAAAACAUGGAAAAAAAUUUAAAGUCAAAUAAAACAAACUGUAACCAGAAUACUUUCAAAGCCAGCUUAAAUGUGUUUUCUUUGUUACUCACAAGACACAUAGGGGCUGCAGUAGAGAUACUUCCCCUUUUGAGUGAAUUAAACCUGAACCACCCCAAUCUCAGCUUUCUA